AUGAAUAACAUGGAUAAAGAAACAUGGGGCAGAUUCGACAUCAAGUUUAUCAAAAAUGAUAAAAUUUCAUUCUUACAAUCGCGAAAGCUAGACACAAUAUCAAACCAAAUAUGUAACGAUAUGGGCAUUAAUUUACCAAAGAAUUUUUACUUAAUUCCUACAUUAUCUACUGAAUUUGAUAUUGAAACAGCAAAAAAUGAAACAAACUUUAUGAUUCUUUUUACAACCAUACUUAAAAAGUCCAACAUUGAUCCUUUAUUGAUAUAUAAGUAUCCAGAAAAUCCAAACACUCAUUCUCGUGAAGUUUAUCAACAAAGCGUCGAUUUACAUCGUCUAGUUGAAAUAGAACACAAUUUCACACCAGAAACUGAGAGAGAAAUAGAGACACUUUUACAACAAUAUUUAGACGUUUCAGGAAUCAAAUUUACACAAAACUCAAUCUUUCCAAAGAUCAGUCUUAACAAAGAUGAAUUAUUUUCACCUGCAUUUUCAAUGAUUAAAUUUAUUUCUUAUUUUAGAUCGUAUUUAAAUGCAUUAUCCAAGAUUAUUCCUUUACUUUCAACAUUUGAAAUAGAUCAAAAUAACUUUCCUCAUCUAGUCGAAUGCUUUUCUUUAGAGUUUAUCCCAUCUUUCGUUAAAAAUCAUAAUACAUCAGAAAGAAUUGGCGAUGCUAUACUAGAAGUUGUAAUUACUAAUUCAAUAAUAAGUUCUUUAGUAGGAAAGAAGAACUAUUUCGUCAAUAAACAGAUCAGAAUCGCAGUAUCAAAUAAAUUGUUCGGAGUUAUAGGCGAACACUUCAAUUUUCCAAGUUGCUUCAUUGGCCCAUUCGAUGUCGAGAAACUUCCAGGCGAUUGCUUUGAAAGUAUCGCUGGAAAACUUUACAAACUUUAUGGUUACGAUAAAGUUGUCACUUUUUGGCAAAAAUCUUUAUUUGCCAUUCCUAUUGAUGUUGCACAGAAGAUGGAUAUAGUCAAAGCAAUUGAAGUUAUGAAGAUUUCAAUGCAAUCCAGUUCCAUGGACUUAACACCUGAUCCAAAUUUAGAUAUCAAAAUUAAAAAUUUGAUUGGAAAUAAUUUGGUCCCUCCUCCUGUUAUAAAAGACGAAAUGCUUACGAAAUGCAAGCUAAUCGGUGCUGCACUUAUAAAACUCGGCAUUGUUGAGCAAGUUAUUGCUAGAAUUCAUGAAACAGAAGAAUGCAUAUUAAUUCAAUCGAUUGGAAGCAAAUCUUCAAUCGAUUCUGUUGCAAAGAAGCUUGGAUUGAAAGAUUCCAAGCAUUUGAGAAUUAUUUGUGGUGGAAUUAUGCUUCAAAAUGAUUUCGAAAAGACAAGAGAAUUUAUCGAAGUCAAAAUAAUUCCACAUUUCAAUAUUGUAAGUGAAAUGAGAUCAGGGAGAAUUCAUUCACAAGAUAUUGUUAGAAAAUAG